AUGCUCACCAUCAAGCAGCAAUCGACGACAUACGGCUACAAGUCCGUCCAUGAUUUGCCAACUCCGCCCUCCACCUCCCGACCCUCUCCUCCCUUGAACCACCAAGAUCCUUCUUUCAAACCGUAUCUUGUCUCUCAAAACAGCCCGGUCCAGCCCAUGUCUACUUCUCAUCGUGGUCUGCCUCCGCCGGCAGCCAUGACUCUACCCCCACAGCAGCCUUCCUCCGUUGGCCCUCCGCCGCCGCCGCCACAUCAUUCUCAACCACCUCCUCCACCACCGCUGGCACCGUCCUCCCACCAGGCGCAACAACCAUGGCCUUCACCUUCAGCUGGCCUGCCUCCGCCGCCGCAACAAUGGCAAGGAGCUGAAGAAUCUAUGAAGACUUGGCUUCAGGCCAAAACGGAAGAGGAGAAGACGAGGCAGGAAGAAGAGAAGACUAGACAAGAGACUUUACGUCUAGAGCAGAGGAGGAUUGAAAUGGAUAUUCUGCGAGCUUCUCUGAACGGCGGUAUCCCGCCUCCCAUUGUCCCUUUGGUCUUUGCUGGUAUGGGAAGCGGGGGAACGCUCCCCCAGGCCGCUCUUGAAUGGGCACAGCAGUUCAUGGCUCCGGCCCAAAGCCACCACCCCCAGCUACUUCCACCACAGAGGCCGCACUCGCCAGAUCACCCAAGAGAGCCCAUGGUUCCUGGUCAUGGAGUAGUGUAUGCCACUUCUCCAGCGCAGGUGACCCCAGUCCAGGGAACUGUCGGAUAUGCACAAUAUCCAGGUUCGCCAACGAGGCCAAGAGGGCAGACCGUCUCAGGUGUUAUUGGACGACCGAUGGGAGUGGUAUCAAGCACGGCAGGCAUGGGAAAUCCUCCUCAACCCCCAGGACAAGGACCGCCUCCCGUGAUGCCACCUUAUCAAGCUCAUCAAGGGCAUUCGCACACGCCGUCACAGUCAUCUCAGCACGAUACGAGCCCAUCAAUCUACUUUCAUCACUGGCAGCCGCCGGCAACGCAGAGCGGGAGCAGCUCGAACCGGCCGGGAUCACCCUCUGGGGAGGCUCAGAAAAAGCGAAAAACGACUGGAGGAAUGUCUCAGCAGGUACCAAGAGCUCCAAGCGAAGACCGAUUCCGAUCGCCUCCACCCUUUGCGCAAGCCAGCUCUUCCAAUCCCGCAUCACCCAGCCGAAGGUCGCAUAAACGUCAACGGAGCGACGUAUCAUGGUAUCGGCCCUCAAAUCAGAUGUAUAGCGAAGAUCCAGAUCGACCCCGAGCAAGAACCCCAACGCAAGCUCCUUCAUGGGGCCCCACGCCACGAGAGAGAGAGGAAUCAAGAAGCGCAAAACAAUCAGUUUCCUCGCUGCUAUCCCGCGAGCCUGACGACUCUGGCGGACUGCCAAGGCAAGGUCCUCAACCACCACGGCUUGAGCCACCGGCGCCGAUGCCACGCGCCAGGGGGCCAGGAGACCAAAGACCUGGCGAGAGGGGUGGAGAGCUGCCUCUACCCCAAGGAGAAGCCGACCCGAGGUCUCGACCAUGA